AUGAAACUGGAUUAUGCAUUGUGGGCAUACCACACUAGAUAUAAAACUCCCACUGGAACAACACCCUUCUGCCUAGUUUAUGGAAAAUCUUGCUACCUCCCCGUCGAACUUGAACACAAAGCCUAUUGGGCAAUCAAGACCCUCAAUUUUAACCUGAAGGCUGCUAGUGAAAAAAGGCUUCUACAGCUCAAUGAGCUGGAAGAAGUCAGGGAGGAUGCUUAUGAGAUUGCUAGAAUCUUUAAGGACAAGACCAAAAGAUGGGGAGUUGUCCUGCUGUUCAAUUCAAGAUUAAAACUCUUUCCAAGGAAGUUGAGGUCAAGAUGGUCUGGACCCUUUAAGGUAACUCAAGUCUUCCCACAUGGAGAGGUGGAAGUAUGGAAUGAAACCUCAAGUGCCUUCAAGGUUAAUGGGCAAAGAUUGACGCCAUUCUUCCCAGGGGAUAAAUUGAAGAUGGAUUCACCCAAUCCUACAGUACCUCUCCAUCUCAAUAAUAAAGUUGAAGAACAGCCUGCCUAA